AUGAAGAAUUUUAUAAUUCAGAUGUAUCAGAACAAAGUAAUUCAACUAGAGAAUCAGAUAUUGGUGAAAGUAGUACGGCAACCUCGAAUUCCCAUCUCGAAAUUUCCUACCUCCUUUUAUUGCUAUUGACUUUUACCCAUGGAACUUAUGUUUACGUCUUGUCUAUUUUUAAAAAAUCACUUGAAGGAUUCGGAAUUUCUACCUGCGUCUUAACUCUGGAAAAUAUAAAGGAAAGGGCAGUUAAAGCAAGUGAUGAAAAGGAGAGUAGUAAAAACAAGAAGAAAGAGGAUGUGAGUGGAUUGUAUAGUAUCGGACAUUGUGGUAAGGAAAAGAAGGAAAUUAAAAGGGACGAAAAUAAGAUACUCACCUGCUACCAAAACACCAGUAAUAUAGACAAGGUCGAAAAGCAGAUGCUUGAGCAGAAUUCGGAGUAUAUCAAAAGUGGAGAAUCAGUUAUAGAACCUAAAGUAGAAGAUGAAAAUAGAUUAGUAUUUGACCGCAGAAAAUUAAUUAAAAGUGAAGCUCCAAUAUCUGAUAUACAUUGUGGUGAAAGUAAUGCUAAAAUUGCUGAUGAUGUUGAGUCUUGUGGACAAACCGAUAUUGAGUAUAGUUACCAAAAGGGUAGUAAUAGUUCAAAUGUGAAUAAUGAAGAAAGGAAAAUGUACGAUGAUGUAAUUAAGAAAGGAGAUGGAAACCUAAGAGAUAAAAUAGGAAUUAGGGGUGCAGACAUGGUGUCUAAUAAAGGUGAAUCUGUUAAUUUAGGUGAGAAAGAUGUAGAGCUGGUUGGAAGUAUAGCUCCAAAAGAUAUAGCUAUAAUCUAUUGUGACGAUGAAAGUAUUUUAAUUGAUUCGGGUAAUAACCAUAAUAUGAGUAUCGCUAAGGUUGGCAGUAAUAGACCUAAAGAGUGCAAAUAUCAUUGCAAGUAUAAAAUCUAUGUAAAGGAUUAUUGCAGAACUAGAGCUAGCAAUGUGGAUAAAGAUAAUGUCCUUGGUCGAUUGUUGAUGAAAUGA